AUGGCAACCCUUUCGUCCCGGGCCCGCGCCAGCGGAGUCCUACGCUCCCUCCUCAGUCAGGCCAGCGUAUGGGCCAUAUCCAUUUUCGCCAUCGCCGCCAGCAGUGUCCUCCUUGGCAUCGCAGUGGCCAUGAACAUCAAGAAUCCCAUCAAAGUCCCCGAUUGCACCUCAAAACAACGAGAUGAUCCCCAAUUCUGGCAGGUCAUCACUCAACUGCUGCUCCAUGUCCUUCUCGUCCUCUGCAUCGUCGUCCCGGUCCUGCGUGACCACGAGAAAUGGGUCAAAGUUCACCGGUUCCUGUUUUACACCUCCGUUGCGGUCAGCAUCGUAUCGGAGGUUCUGAGCCUCGUGCUUUACGGUACGAUUUGCGGGAGUAAUGGCUGGCUAGCUGGGUUUCUGUUGGAUUGGGCUGCAAGAGUCACGGCAGCCGCGGCAGCGGCGCAACUUGCUGGUGGGAUCAGAAGAGGAUAG